AUGGUAUCGAGACGGAAAAUACUCUCGCGUUCGCGAGACAAUCUCGUAGAAUCACAGUACGAAGAGCAAGAAGAGGAAGAUGUAUGGUAUAAUUUGGAUAAAUUAUACAAGGAUCACAUACAGGAAGUUUUAGAUAAAUGGAAUCAAAUAGAUGACGAAAUUUGGGCGAAAGUUAUCGUGUUCGAGAGAAACAGACGAGUGGCGAAAGCGUAUGCCAGAGCGCCUGUUCUCACGAUAAACGGUUCGAAUGACGGGUUUGAUGGAUUCAGAAUAGGACUUUGCGGAUUUGACAAUCCCAUGCGAGAUCCGAAGACGGAAGAAGCGAAACGUCACAUAAAUCAGGGAGUUAAAAUAAAAAUGGACGAACAAGGCAACAUACUCAUCAAGAGAUUAUGUAAGAACAACGUGUACGUCAAGUCCACGAAUCAAGAGGACAACGCGAUCGGUCCAGAAAUUAUACGCAAUUCGCAGGGUGCGCUCGAGCAUGAAAAACCGGGAAAGUUAUUCGAUAUGAAUAAGUUUCAAACGAAUCUAUCGCGGGAAACACGGAGAGCCUACCCGGACAGACGACGAUUGGAAAUGCAGUGUCUCAGCGCUAUCAUAUUCGUGAGAACGGAAGCCGACUUGCUGCAGUGCCCUGUAUGGGUACUCAUCGUCAAUGUGGUCGGCUUGGACAUGCUCAAGUCAAAGCUACCGCCAGUUUUAGCACUACAAAGGCCGGUCGACAUAAAGAAUAGACCUAGAAUACCAAUUCCCGACGAAGAUCCUUAUAGCGUGGCGGGUGUGUCGUCGUCCGUAGGAGGCCCUAGCGAAAUAAUCCCGGGGGAUAGAGACUCUCGAGAGCAAAUCUACAUGCAAUCGACGAGUUACCAGCACCGACGUACAGAGAGACCGCCGAAACUGCCUCCUAGAGAGAAUCUUUACGGUCACGGCAUCCCCAAGCCUGACUACGAUGAUAUAGAAGAUGACUAUACGAGAGCAAUAAAGCAUCCCAUGAUGAGCGACGAGAAGCGAAGUAAACAUGACGACAGAAAGAAAUACGACGACCCAUAUUAUUGCGGUUUACGAGCGCGUGUGCCGAAUUUCGUGAAAAUGGCGAGAAACGGUCAUAGCAAAAUGGGCCCUCCUCCUCCUCGAGGACAUGUCAGGACACAAGCCGCGCCAUCCUACGCGGGCGCCGCAUACGCUAGUAGUCAAUCCUCUCAAAUAUAUGGUCAUCUACCUGCCCAUCGACCGCCCAUUAUGUACCAUGCCCGAAGCUUCGAGAGCGGACUUGGAACGAGUCACCGUAUAAUCACAUAUACGGAAGGUUACCGAUCCCGACGAGAGGCGUAAUACCUCCAACUCCGCGUGCUAUGUAUAUUGGAGAGUGGGAUUAGAUAGUAAGAAAUAUCUCUGCGUUUGUACCUAUAAACUUGUAUAUUGUUAAUAUACUACAUAAAUACUCAUAUUUUUAUGCUGGCACUCGUGUGCUUAUUGUUUCAUCCCUGUAAAUGAAAAUGACAAUUAUACUUAAUAAGCUCGCAGAAACAAACCAAUCAAUUAAUUAUAUUCAGACACCCCAAAUGCGCGUGUUCUUCUCUAUUUUAUGCAUGAGCAUAGUCAGGGGGAAGGGAGCGCAUCCCUAAAUUUUGGCAAGGAGAAAUCGUUUUUUACUAGGGGAUAUGCUUAGAAGAUUUUCUUACCAUUUCUUUAUUUCAUAUAUAUACUCAAAAAAUAUGCAUAUGUAUUUAAAAAUAUUUCUGUGAAGCUUGAAAGAUGUAAGAAAAAUGACUGAACAAGAGCAAUUUGAAUAUAAAGGUGCCUGAAGUAUCGUUACUGAGCACGAGAAUACACGUCGCUUUCCUUUAUCUAUUGUAAUUAAAACUACCUGCACGACUUGAAAUCUUUUAUUUGGGUAUUGAAAUUCUCUUAUCCGAUGUUUUCUGGAUAGUUCGUAUAUUCCUAUUAUAUAAAUGGACAAAGCCAUUUUCAGGUAUAACGACAGUGUGUCUCGAACUUUCAAACAAAGAUACGAGAAAUGACGUUUGAGCCACUUAUUUGGCCUUUUAAUUGUUCUUUUUAGCUGAAUUGCCGCACUAGUUCAAGAAAUGUACGCAUACUGAAACACGAGAAUCUCGUACGUACGCUUCAUACGCUUCAAUGUGUAUGUAAAUUUCUUGAACUAGUGCAACCAGUUCAGCUGAGAAAAGAACAGACCAAUUAUCAUAAAAGUUUCAGCAAACCUCAGCAUAUAAACUGUCCGCCGGAUCCAUCAAACUAGUGUGCUGAGGACACGCUGAAGUGCAAAGGCAUUUUAGAAGCGAUUACCAGCCUUUAAAUGAAAAAGUUUGCGAAGUUAUUAUAUCAAUAUGCAAAGAAUCUCUCAAGAGAUGACGAAAUGUUUUGACGCAAUAUUUAAAAUAAUAACAAAAGUUUAAAUGAUUUGAAAUUUAAAUUAGGCGUUUUACAUCGAAAUAUUUACACGUAUAAGGCCUAACAACUAUUGAAACUGCGACGGUCCUGGCCGCUUGUAUUUUCAAUGAAAGAUAUGUAUUCAUCUUGAAAAUAAUGUCACUAAUGGGCAUGGAAAUCGACAGAAAAGUGGACAUUUUCGCAUUGCAGCAAGAUAAAGAACGUUCACAUAACGUUUGUAUGUCGGUGAGGAACAUUUUAUAAAAAUAAAUCUAAUGAAAAUGUCUCAAUUUCACCAUCAGACAUUCCUUGGCCCAACGAUCAAUGGUGCAUAACGAGCACCAUUGAAAGGUCUUUUAAUACAUUGCGAAAGGUGAAAACCUGAUUGCGGUCAACAAUAUCAGGAAAUUCAGUCUCGGUGAAUUAUGUAUGCUAAGUGGUGUGUACAGAAAAAUAGUGCUCGCGAAAAGAAAGAAAAAGAAAGAAGCUGAAGGAAGAAGUGUUGCUAUAAGAAAAUUUACCGGAGAUCCGCAAAGACUAGCUUUAAUAUAACAUUUUAAUGAUAAGGCUAGGGUCGGAUCCGACCUAUGCUCUGUUUUGUUCAUUUUUCAUCUGAUUAAUGUGCGAAAUAGGUAA